UUAGAUCGGCAUAUCGCAUUAGAGUGGUUAUAAUGAAGACGUGAGGGAGGAAGCAAGGAGUGACGAGUGGAGUAAAAUGUAUGUAUAUGGUAAGGAAGGAAGAUGGGAGAGAGUUAAGAAGCGAAUACAGUAAAGAUAGAUGGCAAGGCGUGAUAUAAAUGCAGGAAGAGUGAGGGAAAGUAAGGAGUGAAUACAAAAGAGGUUGAUGGCAAUGUGUAAUGACCGAGGAGUGAAGGAAAUAAGGAAAGGCAGCAAGAUGUACAAGACAGCUAUGAUGACAUUGAUUGAAACUGACAAGAAACAAGAAGUGAAGACAGUAGAGGUAGAUGGCAAUGGAUGGUGACCGAGGAGUGAAGCCAUUAAAGAAGGUGGCAAUAAAUAAGGAGCGGAGUUAGGAACAAAGUCAGGGAAGAUGUCAAGGCGUGCACGCAUUCGGACGCUGCGGCAGUGAUCAGUGAGCCAGCCCGAGCCAGCCGUGCGGUGAGCCACUGCCAGCCAGACCCAGUGAGAACGUCAAGGUCGUGCAGGUACGUCUCUUGACACUGCUGCUACUGCCACUAUCUCUCCACACCCCAGCUGAUCGCCUUACGCCAUCCACCAUGGGCAACAAGAGCAGUCUGAUGUUGCAGGAGCAGGACAUCAGGGACAUACAGACUGAAACAGGCUUCCUGCCAAGCCAGAUUGAGCGCCUGUACAGUCGCUUCACCAGCCUGGACAAAGGUGACAGUGGCACUCUCUCCCGUGAGGAUUUCCUGCGCAUUCCUGAGCUGGCCAUCAAUCCUCUGGGAGACCGUAUUGUGCAUGCAUUCUUCAAGGAAAGCGAGGACGACCACGUGAAUUUCCGGCAGUUUGUCCGCGUCUUGGCCCACUUCCGCCCCAUCAAGAAGACACAGGACAACAAACUCAAUGCCCGGGAGGAGAAGCUGCGAUUUGCCUUCAAGAUGUAUGACCUUGAUGAUGACGAGCGCAUCUCCAGGGAGGAGCUGCUGGCUGUGCUGCAUAUGAUGGUCGGGGAGAACAUCAGUGAUGACCAGCUGAACAGCAUUGCCGAGCGCACCAUCCUUGAGGCAGAUAGAGAUGGAGAUCAGAUGAUCAGCUUUGAAGAAUUCUGCUCUGCCCUGGAACGCACUGAUGUGGAGCAGAAGAUGUCCAUUAAGUUCCUGAAGUAGACUGAUGAAGAGGGUGUUCCUCAGUGUGCAGCAGCAGGGGUAUUGGAUUCUCAGGAGGGAAGACUCACCUUCACCUAUGCACAAGCAGAGAAAGAAAUGGGCGUUACACAUCUUCCACGCCUGCCUUGGGUGACUGUGAUCUGCAUGAAUGUAUGAAUGCAUAGAGGUUCUGUGUGAGUGGAUUCAAACCAUGUUGACUGUUAUGUGAAUUAAUUUAGCUAAGCAGUUUAGUAUCAGAGGUUAUCUUAUGUUACUCUAUGUUAAGGAAGAAGCUGGAAGGUUGUUAAUUCAUCAGCAUAACUGUGUCUGAAAGGAGGAGACUCCCACACUUUAUAUUUUGCAAGUUUCAGCCAUGAUUUAUGAUGCAGCUAGUCAGCACCAUUGGCAUUGCUUUAAAAGAAAUACUUAUAUACCAGGCUGACCCUUAAUCACAACUACUGUCAAACCAGACUAACUUGGUACUUGAGUGUUGGCUGCACCUGUCCCCACAUUGAUAUCUCUCUCUCUCAUACUUUCAUCCUUUGCUUUAAUUUAUUCAAAAUUAUAUCAUACAACUGCAUGGCUUAUUGAAUUACUUGAUGGAAGAAGGAUGUUGCAUGUCUUCCACGACAUGUGUACUGGCCUAGACAAGUGAAUAUCCCAGAUAGCUCCCUGCUGCCCAUGGUCAGGUUAGGUCAUUCUGUGGUUGAGGCAGAUACAGUGUGGAAAGGCACAACCAAUGCUCAAAGUAUCAAGUGUCUUUUUUGACAUAAUUGGUCUGUUUCACUGCUCUCUAGUAACACAACUCUCCUUAGUAUUUCAAAUCUUAUCCAUAUUUUCAUGUGAUCUCUUGCACUGUGUUCUCUGAUCUCCCAAGUACUAAUUCAUCCCUAUACAAUACUGUUGGUGCCACUACUCUCCCACCUGUCUGUUUUAAUUCAGGGACAACAUUCUUCUAUCCACAUCAGUCCUAAAUACUUAAAAAACAAAUUAGUCCCGUCUGCAAACAAAGGGAAAGUACCCUAAAUCAUCUUGAGCUCUUGGUAAGUUUGAAAUCUGCAUGGCUUGAAUAACAGCACAAACAUGAAAAGAGAGAAAGCCUACUACAAUAAAGCACAAAAAUAUGAAAACCUGAAGCAUCUAAAAGAUUUAGACUUGGAUCACUAAGUCCCAGUUGGCUACCUUUGUUUGUUCAAGUUGUUACAGGUUCCAUUGAUACAAAGUUAAUCUACAAUCAGGCCACAGAUAUCUGUGAUGACUAAGCUUGAGGAGACUCACUGGGGAAGAUGCUCAUCUUUCAUGAACCACAGAAACAAGUUAUCCUCUCUCUGUCACUCCUUCAGAGACAUGGCUGAUCACAUACAUUCCAUUAAGUUGUAAUGAAAAGAAUUUGUAAAAUGUUUAGCAUUAUCAGGUAAUUGUUCAGUUUUGAUCUCCAUUUGUCAAGCACAAUUUUAUUUUUCAUAUUUCCAAGCACAAAGUAAUUGUGUACAUCAUCUUGGUGAAAAUGUUUGAAGUUUACUGAUGAAUGCUUACUUACCAAGAAAUGCUACCUGGAUAUACACUGUUGUAACAUUUGUGUUAAGCUUGAACAUAUAUUAUUUGCUAAGCCAGAUAUUCCACAGCUGGUCCUGAUUUGACUAAGCAACAUUGUCACUUCCUUUUACCAUGAACAAACUGUAUUUACAUGUCCUGGUAAGUGUUUAGUACAAGUGGUGUGCUUCACCAUCACAAGCAUGCAGAUCUUUGUGUGGUCAGUAUUGAGCUGUGUACAUGCAUGGCUAUUGCAGGGAAAUUGUUGUGUAUAAUUUCAUUAAGGCUCCAUAAUUGUACAUCAAGGUCACCCUCUCAUCACAUACACAGCCUGUCAAGUGCUGGAUUGUGGAUGUUUCUGCAAUUUUUCAAGUGUACCAUCUGAUACAUUGAACAAGAGCACAGACAUUGGCAACAUGUAUAAAAUUGUUUAGAUAUUUACUUAUUGUGCAUUUUUUUAAGGCUAGUCAGUCCACCAACAGGCCAAUUCCACAUUCCAGAGUAUUUUGACUUGUAGUGAACAAUGAGAAUCCCAUUAAAUAGUUCUCAGAAUAGGAGUUAGGUGCUAUUACACAGAGCUCUCACACUCAUUGGGAGGACAUAGCUGGUGAUCAAAUCUUGUGUGCUCCUUUGUAUGGUGAUGUGAACUACAAACACAUAAUUGUAUACAUUGCCUUAGCAAAUGUUUGUAUUUCAAGGUAGAAUAUGAAGAGUGGGCACCUUAGGUCAUGUCUGUAUUAAACAUUUUGGCAUUUUAUUUUUGAUUACCUUUGACUUGCGCUGGUGUAAGUCAAGAUGUUGAAGGGGGUUUUUCAAUAUUCAGAUCCUGUUGGUCUUGAUCAAUUUACCAGUUUCAGUGGGGGAAAAACACCUGUGAGAACCAGACAAGUCAUCUCAGUGGCCUUUGAACUUUUCAUUGAAAACUCAAAACAUUUAAUACAAGUCUUAACAACCAUUGUGUCAUUAUGUUGCAAAGCAUUCCAAUUGUAAUACGGACUUUGCCUUGAAAUAGUGAAGGCUGUCAUUAUUUUGUUCCUUUUUUUUUUUUUUUU